GCAGGUGCCCCCCCUACCUCGGUGCGUCCCGCGGGGUCUCCCACCCCGGGGUGCACGGGCGGAGGGCGCAUCCCCCAGACCCUGGGGCCCCCAGGAGUGGACCCGCGAGGCGCAGCCCCCACCUCUGCGACCCCGGGGGGGCGACCGGGUGGGAGCCCCCUCCCCACGCUGCCAAAGUGCUCCGAAGUUGCGGUCCCGCCCGUUCCCUGCGGGCAGUGCCCACCGGUGGACAACCGCAGGUGCUUCCUCCGGGCCUGGGCCCACAAUGCCCCGCUGAGCCAGCCCAGCUGCUGAGUGGAACCAAGCAGAGAGAAUCCAAUGGAGGGGUCUCUGGCGGGCAGCUUGGCUACACCGGAUCGUCCCCGAGGCCCAGAGAGACUGCCUGGCCCGGCGCCAAGGGAUAACAUCGAGGGUGGGGCCGAGGCUGCUGAGGGGGAAGGUGGCAUCUUCCGGUCUGCCUGUUACCUGCCUAUCACCAAGGAGGGCCCCCGAGACAUUCUGGAUGGCAGAGGUGGCAUCUCUGACGGGCAGCCCCAUCCCGACCUCAGCGAAGCCCUCCCCCGUGCCACCUCCACCACCCAUCGGAUCAGCAGCUGCUGCUGGGAUGGAGGCAGCCUGGACUUCCGGCCGGGCUCCCCACCACCCCAUCUCUUGGGCCAUUUCCCAGGCACCCCUGAUGUCCGGGGGCCCUGGGAGCACCCCCUUGUCCAGGAGGCUGGGGAGGGCAUCCUUUCUGAGCAGAGAUUCGAGGACUCAGUCAUUGUGAGAACCAUGAAACCACACGCUGAGCUAGAGAGCUCUAGAAGGUUCUUGCACCACCGGGGGGAUCCAAGGAUCUUGGAGAAGCGCCCGCGGGGCGGCCCCAGGUUUGACUGGCUCCAAGAUGAGGAUGAGCCAGGGUCCCCCCAGGAUGCAGGGCUGCCCUUGGACCUGCCUGCCCAGCCACCACCCCUUGCCCCCUUCAGAAGGGUGUUCGUGCCAGUGGAAGACACCCCGAAGACGCUGGACAUGGCAGUGGUGGGUGGCAGAGAAGACCUGGAGGACCUCGAGGGGCUGGCCCAGCCUUCCCAGUGGGGCCUACCCACGUCAGCUUCAGAGGUGGCCACGCAGACCUGGACGGUGAACUCGGAGGCAUCUGUAGAGCGGCUACAGCCGCUACUGCCUCCCAUCCGGACUGGGGCCUACCUGUGUGAGCUGCUGGAGGAGGUGGCGGAAGGGGUGGCCAGCCUGGAUGAGGACGAGGACGAGGAGCCGGCUGUGUUCCCGUGCAUCGAAUGCAGCAUCUACUUCAAGCAGAAGGAGCACCUCCUGGAGCACAUGAGCCAGCACCGCCGAGCCCCAGGCCAGGAGCCUCCUGCGGACCUGGCCCCGCUGGCCUGUGGGGAGUGCGGCUGGGCCUUUGCCGACCCCGCCGCCCUGGAGAGGCACCGGCAGCUGCACCAGGCCUCCCGGGAGAAGAUCAUCGAGGAGAUCCAAAAGCUGAAGCAAGUGCCAGGGGACGAGGGCCGGGAGGCGCGGCUACAGUGCCCCAAGUGCGUCUUUGGCACCAAUUCCUCCAGGGCCUACGUGCAGCAUGCCAAGCUGCACGUGCGUGAGCGCCCAGGCCAGACGGCCAAGGAGCCUUUUGGAGGCAGCAGCGGGGCUGGCAGCCCCAGCCCUGAGACCGGCACCCUCCUCUAUCAGCCCUACAGUGCUGCUGCUGCGGGCCUCAGUGCCUGCAUCUUCUGUGGUUUCCCAGCGCCCAGCGAGAGCCUGCUCAGGGAGCACGUGAGGCUGGUGCACGCCCGUCCCCACUGGGAGGAGGACAGCGAGGCUUAUGAGGAGGACCCUGCCAGCCAGCCAGGCACUAGCCAGGAUGCUCACGCCUGCUUCCCUGACACUGCCGUGGACUACUUUGGCAAAGCUGAGCCGCCCUUGGCCCCCAUGUGGCGGGAGAACACUACUGGAUAUGACCCCAGCCUGGCCUUUGGUCCAGGAUGCCAGCAGCUGGGCAUGAGAGAUUUCCCGCUGUCAAAGCCACUCCCGCAUGGCAUGGGCCAGAGGCCUCUUGGAAGGCUGGCCUUUCCCUCGGCGCUAGCAUCCACCCCCUACGCCUUACAGCUUGGGAGAAACAAAAGCACCGUCCACCCACAAGGGCUGGGGGAACGGAGGCGCCCUUGGAGCGAAGAGGAGGAGGAGGAGGAGGAGGAGGAGGAGGAAGAGGAAGAAGAAGAGGAUGUAAUGCUGACCUCCGAGAUGGACUUCUCCCCACUAGCCACCCCCAGCCUCAUCCCGCAGCCGGCCCUGGAGCUGAAGAGGACCUUCCAAGAAGCCCUGCAGGCAGCAGAGGCCACGCAGGAGCAGCAGCAGCAGCUCCGAGGGAUGGUGCCCAUUGUGCUGGUGGCUAAGCUGGGGCCACAGGUCAUGGCAGCGGCCCGGGUUUCCCCAAGGCUGCAGCCCGAGGAGCUGGGGCUGGCGGGUGCCCACCCCCUGGACCUCCUGCUCCUGGAUGCGCCGCUGGGCAGCCCCCUGGGGCUGGACACACUCCUGGAUGGCGACCCAGCCAUGGCACUGAAGCACGAGGAGCGGAAAUGCCCCUACUGCCCCGAUCGCUUCCACAACGGCAUCGGCUUGGCCAACCACGUCCGGGGCCACCUGAACCGCGUGGGCGUCAGCUACAAUGUGCGGCAUUUCAUCUCGGCCGAGGAAGUGAAGGCCAUUGAACGCAGGUUCUCCUUCCAGAAGAAGAAGAAAAAAGUGGCCAACUUUGACCCAGGAACCUUCAGCCUGAUGCGUUGUGACUUUUGCGGGGCUGGCUUUGACACACGGGCCGGCCUCUCCAGCCAUGCCCGUGCCCACCUGCGUGACUUUGGUAUCACCAACUGGGAGCUCACCGUCUCACCCAUCAACAUCCUGCAGGAGCUGCUGGCCACCUCUGCCACUGAGCAGCCCCCCAGUCCCCUGGGCCGAGAGCCUGGGGGUAUGCCUGGCAGCUUCUUGACCUCCCGUCGGCCCCGCUUACCUCUCACCGUGCCCUUUCCACCCACCUGGGCUGAGGACCCUGGGCCAGCCUAUGGAGAUGGCCUGGGUUCUGAGGAAAACGCAAUGGUGGCCAUGGACUUGGGCUCUCCCUCGCUCCCUAAGAAGAGCCUGCCUGUCCCUGGGGCCCUGGAGCAGGUGGCCAGUCGGCUGAGCAGCAAAGUGGCUGCAGAGGUUCCUCAUGGCAGCAAACAGGAGCUGCAGGACCUCAAGGCCCAGAGCCUGACCACCUGCGAGGUCUGCGGCGCCUGCUUUGAGACCCGAAAGGGCCUGUCCAGCCACGCACGCUCCCACCUGCGGCAGCUGGGAGUGGCAGAGUCGGAGAGCAGCGGCGCACCCAUCGACCUCCUCUACGAGCUUGUGAAGCAGAAGGGCCUGCCCGAUGCCCACCUUGGGCUGCCCCCGGGCCUGGCUAAGAAGUCCAGCUCGCUGAAGGAGGUGGUUGCCGGGGCCCCGCGGCCCGGCUUGCUCACCCUGGCCAAGCCCUUGGAUGCCCCUGCUGUCAACAAAGCCAUCAAGUCGCCUCCAGGCUUCUCGGCCAAGGGCCUGGGCCACCCGCCCAGCUCUCCGCUCCUCAAAAAGACACCACUGGCCCUGGCGGGCUCCCCUACCCCUAAGAAUCCUGAGGACAAGACCCCCCAGCUGUCCCUGAGCCCCCGGCCGGCCUCCCCAAAGGCACAGUGGCCUCAGUCUGAGGAUGAGGGGCCCUUGAACCUCACUUUAGAUAGUGACGGGGGCAGAGAGCUGGACUGCCAGCUGUGCGGUGCCUGGUUUGAGACCCGAAAGGGCCUGUCCAGCCACGCCCGUGCCCACCUGCGCCACCUGGGCGUCAGCGAUCCGGACGCCAAGGGAUCCCCCAUAGACGUGCUCCACGGGCUCAUCAGGAGGGACGGCGUCCAGAUCCGCCUCCCACCCAGGCGCGGCGCCCUGGCCCACCUGGGGCGGCCGCCUCCCACCUCCGCGGCCCUCUCCUUGCUCCCCCCCCCACCGCCGGCCAAGAAGGCCAAGCUGAAGGCCGCGGGUAUGGCCAGCCCCUGGGGGAAGCAGGACCUCUCGGCCGCCGCAGCCGCCGGCAUUUUCUGGGCCUCUGAUGUGGAGCCGUCUCCUCUCAACCUCUCCUCAGGCCCAGAGCCAGCGCGAGAUAUCCGUUGCGAGUUCUGUGGUGAGUUCUUCGAGAACCGCAAGGGCCUCUCGAGCCACGCACGCUCCCACCUGCGGCAAAUGGGUGUGACCGAGUGGUACGUCAAUGGCUCGCCCAUCGACACGCUGCGGGAGAUCCUGAAGAGACGGACCCAGUCUCGGCCUGGCGGACCUCCCAACCCACCAGGGCCAAGCCCAAAAGCCCUGGCCAAGAUGAUGGGUGGCGCAGGUCCUGGCAGCUCACUGGAAGCCCGCAGCCCCUCGGACCUUCACAUCUCACCCUUGGCCAAGAAGUUGCCACCGCCACCAGGCAGCCCCCUGGGCCACUCACCAACUGCCUCUCCUCCUCCCACGGCCCGGAAGAUGUUCCCAGGCCUGGCUGCACCCUCGCUGCCCAAGAAGCUGAAGCCUGAACAAAUUCGGGUGGAAAUCAAGCGGGAGAUGCUACCAGGGGCCCUUCAUGGGGAGCUGCACCCAUCUGAGGGUCCCUGGGGGGCGCCACGGGAAGACAUGACACCCCUGAACCUGUCGUCCCGGGCAGAGCCGGUGCGCGACAUACGCUGUGAGUUCUGCGGUGAGUUCUUCGAGAACCGCAAGGGCCUGUCGAGUCACGCGCGCUCCCACCUGCGGCAAAUGGGUGUGACCGAGUGGUCCGUCAAUGGUUCACCCAUCGACACGCUGCGAGAAAUCCUCAAGAAGAAAUCCAAGCCGUGCCUCAUCAAGAAGGAGCCACCGGCUGGAGACCUGGCCCCUGCCUUGGCUGAGGACGGGCCUCCCACUGUGGCCCCUGGGCCCGUGCAGUCCCCACUGCCGCUGUCGCCCCUGGCUGGCCGGCCAGGCAAAUCAGGCGCAGGGCCAGCCCAGGUUCCUCGAGAGCUCAGCCUGACGCCCAUCACUGGGGCCAAGCCCUCAGCCACUGGCUACUUGGGCUCAGUGGCAGCCAAGCGGCCCCUGCAGGAGGACCGCCUCCUCCCAGCAGAGGUCAAGGCCAAGACCUACAUCCAGACUGAACUGCCCUUCAAGGCAAAGACCCUUCAUGAGAAGACCUCCCACUCCUCCACCGAGGCCUGCUGCGAGCUGUGUGGUCUUUACUUUGAAAACCGCAAGGCCCUGGCCAGCCACGCACGGGCACACCUGCGGCAGUUCGGCGUGACCGAGUGGUGCGUCAAUGGCUCGCCCAUCGAGACACUGAGCGAGUGGAUCAAGCACCGGCCCCAGAAGGUGGGCGCCUACCGCAGCUAUAUCCAGGGCGGCCGCCCCUUCACCAAGAAGUUCCGCAGUGCUGGCCAUGGCCGUGACAGUGACAAGCGGCCGUCCCUGGGGCUGGCACCUGGGGGCCUGGCUGUGGUCGGCCGCAGUGCUGGGGGGGAGCCAGGGCCUGAGGCUGGCCGGGCAGCUGACAGUGGUGAGCGGCCUCUGGCAGCCAGCCCACCAGGCACUGUGAAGGCCGAGGAGCACCAGCGGCAGAACAUCAACAAAUUCGAACGCCGACAAGCCCGCCCUCCAGAUGCCUCUGCAGCCCGGGGAGGCGAAGAGACCAAUGACCUACAGCAGAAGCUGGAGGAGGUGCGGCAACCCCCACCCCGAGUCCGGCCGGUUCCCUCCCUGGUGCCCCGGCCCCCACAGACAUCACUUGUCAAGUUUGUGGGCAACAUCUACACCCUCAAAUGCAGGUUCUGUGAAGUGGAAUUCCAGGGGCCCCUCUCCAUCCAGGAAGAGUGGGUGCGGCACUUACAGCGGCACAUCCUGGAGAUGAACUUCUCCAAAGCGGACCCCCCACCUGAGGAGUCCCAGGCCCCGCAGGCACAGACAGCGGCGGGAGAGGCUCCCUAACACAAAAGCAUUCCAGAUCCCCUCUUGUGCCACCUCUGUCUCCUCUUCUCUGUGCCCUCAUCCCUCUUCCUCUUUCUUUCUGUUUCCAAAGGAGCAAGCCAAAACCUCAAAACGGCGCCCCUUGGGGGCCGGGCACACUACAGCCAGGGCGCCGGGAGCCAGCUAGCCGCCCUUCCCCCAGCCCAAGGACUCUGGGGCCACAGGGUGUCUUCCUUCAGCCCAUGCCCACCUGGUCCAGCAGGGGCAGCAACCAGGUCUCUGGUGGCAGCCGAUUUGGUCACAGGGGAAGACAGCACUCCUCCGUCUAGCAGCCAGGCAGGGCGAUGUCUGCCAUCCGUGGCCAUUUGCAAAGACCCCAAAGACCCCUGUUCUGGGUCACUCUCGCCCCCAUGAAUAUCCUCUCACACGCAUGUACAUGCGAACACACACAUGCACCUCGUGAGACCUGGGAUCUGCUCCGGACCCCCAGUUCCCGGGUCAAACGACCACAUCAUGCCACGGUGCUUGCUCAGGGGAAGCCAUGCUCCCUCUGUGGGGCCUGCUGGGGCCUGGGAGCCCCUCACUGAGCCCACAAUGCCACGGAAAUCCUUGUGGGCUGCCCCCCAGAGGGGCCUUCCCAGCUGGGAAGAGCUCAGAGCUGACAGCUGCCUCCUGCCAUGUCAAGGCCCCCCAAAGAGCCUCAGGGGCUCUGGGGCCCUGGAGGGUGGGGUGGGGGGGUGGGACUUUCCUCCCCCACUCCUGCCUCCUCCCCCUUUUCACUGUUGCUUUCUAUGUAUAGCUCCCUAGACCUUUCACUUUUUUAAAAACGCGUUUUGUGUAGAGAAUAAGGAACGUGGAUCUUUUUAUUUUGCAAUCCUGGGCCAGCUAGAAGCCGGGAGCUGAUUGACCUUUUAACUUUUUUCAGUGGCCACAUUUUGGUUAUUGAUGUACCUAGAAGUAUGUAAAUUAGAUUAAAUUUCUCUUCUGGAAACGCCCCGGGGCAGGCGGCCAGCGUGUGUUUUUCUGUCGAGUGGACAGGCUGGCAUUGGCUGGCAGCCGGGACUGGGAUCGGGGCCUCCUCUGUGCAGAGCCAUGGAGGCCCUGGGUUUUCCCGUUGGCUGCCAAGCCGACCAGAUGCAGCAGGGGAUGAGCCCAAGUUCCUUUAAUGCCAUGGCUGGUGUGGGGGCUCUGGCUGGCUGGUCAAGUGGCUACAGUGAGCAGACAAACCAGGGUUCUGGGUAGCCCGUCUGGGAAGGGAGCCAGGAUCAAGAAGCAGUUGAGGCUGAAGGAGCUUAUCAAGGGCAGCAGCUACCAGUGAGGGUGUCAGGGACCCGCUGGGAGCAUUUGGGGGGGCCAGCAGGGGUGUAGAGAGCUGGAACUCUCCUGCUUUCAAGAUGUGACUUCUAGUUAAGACACGUGCACCCGACUCGAGAAAUGCGGGGAAAGGAGGAGCUGCUGGCUCUUUGCGAUGUUAUUUAUUUUCUCACUCUGCAAAUGUUUAUUGAACAUUUCUGAGAUUUUAAGAGAUUUCGUUGGCUGCUC